AUGAUGGAUCAGAUGACGCUGCGGGGCACGCUGAAGGGCCACAACAGCUGGGUGACACAGAUUGCUGCCACCACGCCACAGUCCCCCGACAUGAUCCUGUCCGCGUCCCGCAACAAAACCAUCAUCAUGUAGAAGCUGACGCGGCACAAGUCCAACUAUGGGAUCCCCCAGUGCCCCCUGCGUGGGCACUCACACUUCAUCAGCGAUGUGGUCAUCUCCUUCAACAGGCAGUUCUCCCUCUUGGCCUUGUGGUACAGCACCUUGUGCCUCUGUGACCUCACCACUGGCACCACCACCCAUCACUUCAUGGGUCACACUAAGGAUGUCCUGAGCAUUACCUUCUCCUCCAACAACCACCACAUCAUGUUGGGCUCCAGGGAUAAGACCAUCAAACUCUGGAAUAUUCUGGGGGUCUGCAAGUACACAGUGCAGGAUGAGAGCCACUCAGAAUAGGUGUCCUGUGUUCUCUUCUCCCCCAACAGCAGCAACCCCAUCAUCAUAUCCUGCCACUGGGACAAGAUGGUCAAGGUCUGGAAUUCAGCCAACUGCAAGUUGAAGACCAACCACAUUGGGCGCACAGGAUACCUGAACAAGGUGACAGCAUCCCCUGAUGGCUCCCUCUGUGCCUUGGGGGGAAAGGAUGGGCAAGCCAUGCUGUGGACUCUCAACAAGGGCAAACACCUCUACAUGCUGGAUGGAGGGGACAUCAUCAACACCCUCUGCUUCAGCCCCAACUGCUACUGGCUCUGUGCAGCCACCAGACCCAGCAUCAAGAUCUGGGAUCUGGAAGGGAAAAUCAUCGUGGAUGAGGUGAAGCAAGAGGUGAUCAGCCCCAGCAGCAAAGCGGAGCCACCCCAGUGCAAGUCCCUGGCCUGGUCUGCAGAUGGGCAGACACUCUUUGCUGGAUGCAUGGAUAACCUGGUCUGGGUGUGGCAGGUGACCAUCGGGACACACUGA